UAUACUUCACAGUCAUACUGAAACCGAAAGUGUUGUUCCUCUCAAACUGAAGCUCAACUCACACACUGUCACACACUCACACACUGUCACACACUCACACACAGCACAUCAGCUAGACGGAGACUGCUGCCACUGUCUGCAUUUACUGAAAACUGAGACAUGGCUUCAGCGAAUCUCCUGUUCUUUGUGCUGAUGUUAUCAUCUGUACGUGUUGGAAGGUCGAGUGAGAGUCUGUUUAAACUGAAAUGCCAGCCUGCAGUAGGAGUCAUCGGUCAGACCACUCACAUCUCCUGCAGUAUCGAGCUCUACACAAAGCCUACGCCUGUCGUUAUUAACACAGUGACUUUACUUAGGAGUGGAGAGAAAAAACCCUGUUUUGCAUUUCAGCCAUUUGAGAACAUUCAGAUCGGAGACUCUCGAUUUGAAGUUGAAAACGGGCCAUCAUUACAGCUUCAUAACACCGCAUUCUCAGAUGAAGGUGAAUAUUGGUACCUCAUCAGGACCAACCUGGGCCAAGAUCAAGUACAAUUCACAAUCAAUGUCACAGCCAAGUACAGCAACCCGAUCAUAACCUCCGUGCAGAAAGAGAUAGUGAACGAUGGAGCUGCUGAUCUGUACUGUAGCGCUAACGGUGGAUACCCAGCAGGAACCAUCCACUGGUUUGAUCAAAGCAACACAAACUGGACAAAAAGCGCCACACUGCAAAGCACGCAGGGAAACGAUGGUCUCUUCACUCUGUCCAGCAAACUGAGCUUCCAGAAGAUCGACUCACUCUGGGCACCUUUCAGGUGCGUCGUCCUCAACAACAGAUAUGAAGAAGAAGGAGGGACCACAUCAACUCUGGAGAUAAAGGAUAACCCGGAUAAUCCCCCAUUCUCCAGCAGCACGGUGAAUAACAGCAUUGCUGGUGUGGUAGUUAUCGGGUCUCUCAUCGUCGGGCUCCUGAUUGUUCUCUUGUUCAAGCGAAGACGUAAUCAGCAGCUAAGAAGAGCAUCAGCUAUCCCCAUUCUGAGCGCUGUUCCCAUGGAGCAAACUUACCCUGAAGAGGAAAAAGGCCUGAAUGAACCUGUUUAUAAGAAAGCAGCCGAAGCUGAAGAGAUCUUCACAGUGUAACGUCUGAAUUUUAAUUACCCUGUAAACAUUUAUUCACAUGAUGGUGACUCUGCUAGUCAGACAUGCUGGGCACGGUCAUCACGACGCUUGUACUUUCUAGAAAACAGAUUCUUUCUCCAUUACGGGGUCACUAAAUGAGUUAGUGUUCCAGUCACAUGACUCUCAGUGUGAUGUUAAAUGUGAAAAUAAAACCCAGGCUGUAGGGACUGUGGAAAGUCCCAGACUGAUAUGACCUUAAAACAAACCCAAAACCACAGAGAGUCCAAGUCUGAAUAGUGAGAAGUGAAAGUUUUUUAUUUUCCCCAAAUAUGCCAGAAUUAUCUAGCAUGUCUGAGUGUGCUGAAUUCGCCGAAUAACAAAGAAUUUAUAGAAAUAAUAAUAAUAAUAAUCAAAACAUAACAUAUAAUAAUAAUAAUAAUAAUAAUAAUAAUAACUAAUAACUGUUUAAUCAGUACAUAGAUUACCUUAUGGUAUACUAUACUAUACUAUACUAUAAUAAUAAUAAUAAUAAUAAUAAUAAUAAUAAUAAUAAUAAUAAUAAUAAUAAUGAUCAAAGAAUAAAAAAUCUUUUUAUAUAUCAAUAAUAAUUCUUUUUCCGGGACCCAUCAGCAGGUUCAUUUCAUACACUUAGCGUAUUUACUAAUAAACGCUUUGGUGAAUAAUAAUCAUAAUAAGGAUGUUAAGAGUUAGUGGCUGUGACUCACAGCUCCAAAUCUGAGGCUCUGUCCUGAUCCUGAGUGCCAUGUUCUGCUACACAACUGCUACUCUUUAUUUUUCAUAUUUUUCUACAUGGACUUCUAAACAACUUCGGCUAACCUGUAGAAACAGGAGACACCUAAGAACUACGCUUCUCUGCUUAGUUUACAAAUGUAAACACACAGCAUGACACACUGCUACGAUGUAAGUGAUAACUGAUAACAAGAACUAACUCGUUUUGAAACAAAGCUUCACAACAUUAAAUGGAACUAUAAACAGAUAAAAUGUACAUGUCGUUCUUUAAUAAAUAAAAAAAUUGAAAUCAUUGACAAAAUGCUGUGAAAACUUACAUGAGGAAUAAAGCAUGUCAUCAUUGAUUAUUUUCCUAUAAUAGCAUGCCCCAACAUGUUUUACUGAUGAAGUAAUUCAGUGCAUUGUGAUAUAGUAGAGAGAGUCUGCAAAAAAUCGGAUGCUUAUACAAGAUUUAGGGUGUAGUAGACUUCACAGACCUCCAUUACUUGUUAGCUAUGUUAGCUUUGCAAAGUUAAAACAGCAAACUUCAGACAACAAACAUGUCUUGGGGUACAUUUAGAUUAAUGGAUUUAUUUUUCACUGAAGUAUCCUAAAUCGUCUGUAACCGAAUCCCAGGCUCAGGAUCAGGGAAGUACCUCCAGCGCUGGUGCAUUACACUGCCUUUCUUUGUUUUACAUUUGCAUUUAUAAUGUAAAGGUUUAUCUCAGCUCUAAUCUCUCUGUCUCUCACACACACACACACACAAAGUUUUAUCUCAGCCCUAAUCACACACACACACAUACACAAACACACAAAGUUUCUCUCACACACACCCACACAAACCAAAGCACUAUUUAAUAGCCCUUAAUAACCAUAAAAGGUUACACAGCCUAAGUUUAAUACCAAACCCAGAACUCAAUGCAGAGACAAAGACAUUGAGGUCAUACAGAACCAAGAGGAGCCCUGAAUCAGAACACUACAAAUUAGCAAGAGUUGUACUGUGAAUAAAGCACUUCAGGUAAUGUCAGUAAAAUAGUGUACAACAACGCCAGAGACUGAGACCCCUGCUGGACAGGAAAGGUAUUACAGUGAGCUGGUGCAAUUAGGGCACUUUGUAAAGUGUCUACGUGUGGUGCCUUUCCAAUCUGAAAUAAUGAAAACCUUCUCUGAUUGAAGAGCCAUUCAUUUCAUAUCACCCUAGGAGGUAGAAGUGUGCAGUGACUUCAAAAUGGACCUCAGAUGCUCCUCAAGACUCAGUUUGAACCAAAUGUGUUUAAUUAUUUGUGCAAAAUAUGAACACGUCAGUGUGAGAGAAAACCUCCUGUUCAAACAGGAGCUUUUGGAACAUUCCAGAGAAACUUAAAUUAAUAAAAUCAUUUAAAUCCUGGAGUAAAAACAUCCAUUUUUAUGAUUUCAUAUUUGGGGAAAUACCACUUCAAAAUUGCAGAAUUUUAAAGCAGAAAAAUCUUUAUAGAUAAAGACACUGGGUUGAAAAAUAUUCACUUUGUGCUUACUUUUCAGUGACUCUUCUGUGACUUUUUUUUCUGCACUUUAAUAACACUUAACAGAGUUCAUUCAGUAGCAAACCCUAAGCACAUUAAACAUACGCAUGUUUUUUUGUGUAUUUCGUGCUCUGUCAUUGUUACUUGUGUUUUACUCUUUUUUAUAUUUGUGUGUGUUUUUGUAUUGUUUAUUGAUUGUACAUUGUAAACAUGAAUAAAUAUCUACUGAACAGAA